GAAGAAUUAUAUUCAAUAAUAAAGAAAGAAGGUGUUUUUGAAGAAAUUUUGAAAAACUUUAAUAUGAAAAAUGCCAAAGAAGAAAAAUCCAGUUCUGUUAAAGCUUCUGAAAAUUUAAAACAAUCAUCACAAAUUCAUAAAUCCAAAUCUAGUGAAAAAACAACAAAACAAGAUUGCUUUUUAAUAGAACAGAAAAAUGAAUCCAAUCAUUAUUUAAGAUUUCAUGUAAUUAGAGGAAAAGCCUUUGUUGAAUAUUUAUUGGAACCAGCUAUUCUAAGUGGAAAAUCAGCAUCAUAUCUUCUUUUAUAUGUUUAUUUUUGUGGUCAGAGAUUCCAAUCUCAUCCAACUCCUGCGACCUGUGAGCCUGAGUUUUCCUUUGAUAUUAAAUUAUUUCUACAUAAAAAUGAUAGAGGAAAUUUAUCAUUUGAUUCUAGCACACUCUUAUCAAAGAAUGACCCAAUACAUAUUAUAUUAACAAAAGUAGAUUCUGAUCAAAAUCAGUUUUUAGUAUCAUCAUACUUUUUGGAAUGGCGUCAAAUACUAACUAAAGUAGGCUCUAAGAUGAGCUUGGCAAUUGAACUUUCAGGGAUUGGAGUUGAAAACAAAGUUCCUGCUGGAAUGUUAGAAUUAUAUCUAGAAUUGCAACCAUCUUUAACUUUUCCUUUACAAGCUAAUAUAGUCUCAGCUCAGUUAGCAUUAGAACACAACAGAAAAACUGAACGGGAUCGUCUUUUUCUUGCUUAUGCAAAACUUUGGUGGAAAGAAUAUAUUGAAAUGAGACCAGAACAUACUCAAAGACUUGUUAAAAUUUUUGCCCAAGAUGAAAAUGCAGUUGUUCGGCCUGUGUUUAGUUAUGUAUUUCCACUCACUACAAAUAGGCUUUUGGAAACCCCCAGAGAGGCUGCUUGGUUUAUAUCAUUAUUUAAACAAAAUUUAUCUAUCUACACCAAUAUUGAUAGGACAAAAUAUGAACAAUGGAAAAAUCUUUCUACAUUUCUCUCCGUAAAAGAGGGUGAUUAUGAAGAUCAUUCUGUUUUACUUUGCUCACUCUUAUUAGGUUUUUGCCUAGAUGCUUAUGUUUGCUUAGGGACAUUAAAAACAGAUCAGCCUUGUUCCUGGGUAAUGACAAUUGGAAGACGUAAGCAAAUUAUAUUCUGGAAUAGUCUUACUGCUGCUAGAUAUAAUUAUACUUCUGUAAUAAAAGAUGAUGAAUUAAAUCAAGUGAAGUACCCGUAUAAAACUAUUGGAUGCAUAUUUAAUAAUAAUAGAUUUUAUGCAAACUGCCAGCCAACUGAUGCAGUAGAAUUAUGCUGUUUUGAUUUAGAGGAUUCAGAAAAAUGGAAAUCUAUGUCACCCGAUGCCAUAAAGUUAGUUACAACUUAUGUACCAACUGUUCCAAUGAUAAUUCCAUCUUCAUUGGACUCAAUGCAAGCAAGUUAUGAUAUGGAAGAACAGUUAAGACAUUUCACUGCAGAAUUUAGAAAGGUACAAAUAAUUUAUUCAGAAGUUUAAUUUGAUUGUAUUACAAGUCCUAAUUGAUAAGUAUUAGCCUCAUGUCUUAUAUGUCGAUAUAAUUCUUGUCAUACUUUAAACUGAAAUAUAUUUAUUUAAUGGA